UCUAAUGUCGAUGACGUCACUUGUGCGCGCCUCUCCUUGGCACUAGCAAGAAGGGAAUAUUGUGGCGAAUGAGGCUCUUAACCGAUGACCCGUCACCGCGAAUUUAACGAAUCCGCCCACUGAUGUCUCAACAACCGCAGCAGACGUUGCCCUCCGCCCCAGGCUCCCCCGCGCUCGUGGUCACCAGCAACGUGCAGAAAUACGCCAUCAAGAAGAAGAAAGUCCUCAGCGCCGAAGAAGCCGAGCUGUUUGAACUCACCCAGGCUGCAGGCGUCACUGUGGACCAGGAGGUCUUCAAGAUCAUUGUGGACCUGUUAAAGAUGAACGUGGCUCCUCAGGCGGUCUUCCAGACUCUGAAGGCCAUGUGUGCGGGCCAGAGGGUUGCUGAAGUCGGGGAGUCCUCCACCGUCUCCCACGCCGCCUCCGCUGUCAGCAUCACCACCACGGCACCAACAGAGGCCAAAGAAGACGACUCGUCGGUUUCUGGAAAGACCCCUAAGCCUUCUGCAGCUGCCCCCUCAGCGCCAGGCUCCAGGGCCACACGAGUCAAUGCUAAGAUCGUGGUCUACGGCCCCCAAGACUCUCAAGUGCGCGGUAAAACCGGCGCGAGCCACGGCGAGAAGAGCCGGGAGGCCUCCGGCCAGCGGGUGCAGCGGCAGCCCAGCGCCACCAGGGGGCAGAAGACCAAGAGCUCCGGCAGCAGCAGCUCCUCCUCCCAGAUAAACUCCACGUAAGGUCACCAGCACCUGACCGCCUGUACAUAUGACGCUCCCCUCUACAUGUCGGUUAUUGUUAUGUUUUUACCUGUAUUACAAAAACAUAUUUAGUCAUGUGGUUGUAUUUGCUCUGACUUUGAGAUAACUUUUUCCUCUACCUCAUUGGAGGUGUAUAGAUUUUAAAGUCCCUUGAUUGCCUUUUAGCUCUUCUUGGUACUGCGGGAAUGCGACCUGAAACCAGGAACGACUUUGCAUUUUCUGGUUUCCUCGUCUCGAAGUCGAUCAAGAGAUUUAAACAUUUUGGUUCCAUGGCGUCGGUUUAUUUUAAAGCUUUCCCGUGCCUGUUGCUAACGUUGAGUCCUCCUCUAGCUCGGUGAAGUCAUGUGACUCUGUUGCGGUUCUAUAGUCGAACGUUAGCUUUUUAUUCUGUUCCCACUUCUGCUGUUUGUGUUCACGCUUUAACAUUCAUAAAAAGUGGUGUUUAUUUCUUUGAAGAUGAUCUCGGCGAACGAGAACACGCAUGUUUUGUAAAACGUUUAUUUUUGUGCGAUAAUCCCAAAUGAACUGAAACGAUCACGCCGACUUCCCGCAGAGAGGCGUGUGUGAUGAGAACCGAUGAAAUAAAAAAACACUCCCACGACUCGACGGACUCCCCCGAUGUGAACGGCGUCGAUCCUUUAACGCUCGUCGCGUCACAACGUCCCGUCGACUCGCUCUCGUUAUCGAGGAAAACAAAACGGCAAGCGCAUCAUCUCGUUUUUAGAUUUUCUACUGGAAAUGUGUGUCAAUGUGCAACUUUUUUUCUUCUUUUCUUUUUAUAUUUAAAUGAUUCAUCUUUAAAUAAAUCCAAUAACAACAUAACAACAGCUGUUUAUCCUUUUUUAUUGCAUAUUGUUUUGUUACGUAAGCAACGGUCCAUCUUUUAACUCGGCUCAGAGCUGCAGAUUUAAAACAUUUUAAACAUUACAUACAGAUGUAUAAAAUACUUCCUAAUA